ACCACAGCUUCUCCAACGACAACCACAACUUCUCAAACCACAACAACAGCUGCUCCAACCACAACAACAGCUGCUCCAACUACAACUACAGCUGCUCCAACCACGACCACAGCUGCUCCAACUACAACAGCUGCUCCAACAACCACAGCUUCUCCAACCACAACUACAGCUGCUCCAACUACAACCACAGCUGCUCCAACCACAACAACAGCUGCUCCAACCACAACAACAGCUGCUCCAACCACAACCACAUCUUCUCCAACCACAACAACAUCAGCUCCAACCACAACCACAGCAGCUGCAACCACAACCACAGCUUCUCCAACCACAACCACAACAGCUCCAACCACAACCACAGCUUCCCCAACCACAACCACAGCUUCUCCAACCACAACAACAGCUGCUCCAACCACAACAGCUGCUCCAACUACAACAAUAUCUGCUCCAACUACAACCAACGCGUCUCCAACCACAACUACAGUAGCUCCAACCACGACCACAGCUUCUCCAAACACAACAACAAAUGCUCCAACAACAACCACAACAGUUGCUACAACUACAACAACACCUUCUCCAACAACAACUACAGCUGCUCCAACCACGACAACAGCUGCUCCAACUACAACAACAGCUGCUCCAACCACAACCACAGCUUCUCCAACAACAACUACAGCUGCUCCAACCACAACCACAGCUUCUCCAACCACAACAACAGCUGCUCCAACCACAACAACAGCUGCUCCAACCACAACAACAGCUGCUCCAACUACAACUACAGCUGCUCCAACCACAACAACAGAUGCUCCAACAACAACCACAGCAGCUCCAACCACAACCACAGCUGCUCCAAGUACAACAACAGCAGCUCCAACCACAACCACAACUUCUCCAACCACAACUACAGCUGCUGCAACCACAACAGCUGCUCCAACCACAACAGCUGCUCCAACUACAACAACAGUUGCUCCAACCACAACCACAGCUUCCCCAACCACAACAACAGCUGCUUCAACAACAACUACAGCUGCUCCAACUACAACAACAGCAGCUCCAACUACAACAACAGCUUCUCCAACAACAACAGCUGCUCCAACAACAACAACAGCUGCUCCAACUACAACAACAGCUGCUCCAACCACAACUACAUGCUCCAACUACAACACAGCUGCUCCAACCACAACCACAGCUUCUCCAACCACAACUACAACUGCUCCAACCACAACCACAGCUUCUCCAACCACAACUACAGCUGCUCCAACUACAACCACAGCUACUCCAACCACAACAACAGCUGCUCCAACCACAACAACAGCUGCUCCAACCACGACCACAACUUCUCCAACCACAACUACAGCUGCUCCAACUACAACCACAGCAACUCCAACCACAACAACUGCUCCAACCACAACAACAGCUGCUCCAACCACGACAACUGCUCCAACUACAACCACAGCUACUCCAACCACAACAACAGCUGCUCCAACCACAACAACAGCUGCUCCAACCACAACCACAACUCCUCCAACCACAACAACAGCUGCUCCAACUACAACCACAGCAGCUGCAACCACAACCACAGCUUCUCCAACCACAACCACAACAGCUCCAACCACAACCACAGCUUCCCCAACCACAACCACAGCUUCUCCAACCACAACAACAGCUGCUCCAACCACAACAGCUGCUCCAACUACAACAACAGUUGCUCCAACCACAACCACAGCUUCUCCAACCACAACAACAGCUGCUCCAACAACAACUACAGCUGCUCCAACUACAACAACAGCAGCUACAACUACAACAACAGCAGCUCCAACCACAACCACAGCUUCUCCAACCACAACUUCAGCUGCUCCAACCACAACCACAGCUUCUCCAACCACAACUACAGCUGCUCCAACCACAACCACACCUGCUCCAACCACAACAACAGCUGCUCCAACCACAACAACAGCUGCUCCAACUACAACAACAGCUGCUCCAACAACAACAACAGCUGCUCCAACAACAACAACAGCUGCUCCAACUACAACCACAGCAGGUGCAACAACAACCACAGCUUCUCCAACGACAACCACAACUUCUCAAACCACAACAACAGCUGCUCCAACCACAACAACAGCUGCUCCAACUACAACCACAGCUGCUCCAACCACAACCACAGCCGCUCCAACUACAACAACAGCUGCUCCAACCACAACCACAGCUUCUCCAACAACAACGACAGCUGCUCCAACCACAACCACACCUUCUCCAACCACAACAACAGCUGCUCCAACCACAACAACAGUUGCUACAACUACAACAACACCUUCUCCAACUACAACAACAGCUGUUCCAACAACAACUACAGCUGCUCUAACCACGACCACAGCUGCUCCAACUACAACAACAGCUGCUCCAACCACA